GCGAAAUGACCUUUGUCCAUCACAUAGGUACAAUGGAUUCUCGUAGCUAUGGAGACCGCUCAAGCUCUUCGGAUUAUGUGCAUCAAUCACCAGACAUUGCUCCUGAGCGAUCCACGAUCCUACCGACCUCGAGGAAACGUCGUUCACCCAAUGCAUUCAUCCUGUUUCGGUCGCAUUUCAUCGCAACCGGGCAGGUUCCUCCAGGCAUGGUUCACCAAAAUGAUGUAUCUCGCCAUGUUGCGGAAGUAUGGAAAUCGCAGUUGACACCGUCGGAUCGUGCGGUAUUCUUCAAGAAGGCACAGGAUGAGAAGGUCCGGUUUGACGUUGAGGGGCCCAAGGUGCCUGUAAAGAAGAGGAAAAGCAGGGCAAAAAAGACGUGCCAAUCGAGUCCACCAAUAUCAACCGCACUUCCUUACCUUCCACGAAGCCCCACUUCCGCCGUGGACGCUGUGUCCGAUGCAACAGACAUGUCUCCUUCAACGUCGAGUGCGAUGCACCUGUCGCCGCAGAGCUGUUCUUCACCGAUCAUUUAUACUCCUGUCACACCUAGUGAUGCAUCAGUCCCAUUCCCCGCACCGCAGGCGAUGCAUGCUAUUCCUCCCGAUUUGUUCAACUGGGAUUUCCCGGUGGACAAUAAUACCAUGGGUACGGGCGAAAAAAGAUCGCCGACGUCCUUCAACAAUACACCAGCUACCGUGUCUUCCAACGCUGGCUAUUGCUUCGACGGUAACAUACCUCCCACAGACCUGGAUUUCAAUGCACUACAUCUGGACUUCAGUUUCCCAAUAUCAGGCCUGGAUAUGUCAUUUCUCGGUUCUGAAUUCCUUCUUCCUCCGUCGUUCGAGAAUCCCUUUUAA